UCUUUAGGUAUUGCAACACAAACAAAACAGGGCCAGACACUCUGUUUAUAUAUUUGCUAUUAAACACUUUCAUGGACUGAGCAACUGCCUGGAUAAAGAAUUAUGAUGCCAAGUUUAGGGUCAAAAAGGAAAGACAAUCAAUCCAGGAUGGAUAGAAACAUUGGAGACUUGCCGCAGCUGAGCAAUGAGAUGCAGUUGAGCAUCAUGAACAAGGUGAAGAGUGGAGAGCUAUCCAUCGAGGAUGCUCUGAACCAGGCCAGGAAGGACAGCGAGCAGCUGCUCAAACAAAAGAGCCUGGCUGAAGAGGAACCGCAACCCUCCCAGUACAACUUCAGCGUUCACAAGCACGGCCGCUACAGGUGGCAGAAGCGGGUUUUUCAGAUUGACUUCAACACCAAAAUGCUGUGCAGCAUAGAGAAGGGCAUCAUCAAGCGACAGCUUCCCUUCUCUGUUGUCAAGAGUUGUGAUGAUGGAGUGGGUUCCAGGUUCUCCAUUUCCUUUAAAGGACACCAUGACUAUGAACUGGAGGCCACAUCACUGGAGGACAAACAUAAGAUCAUGCAGCUUGUGAAUCAGAUUAUUUAUGGGAACAUAUACAGCAGUCUUGACGAGGACAAUGCAGAAACACAUCAGCUGCCUCAAGCAUCACGAAGCCUACGGGAAGGUGUCUUACUACUGCACCGAGGUGGCCUGGCAUCAUUCAAAUGGGUGAAGUAUGAGGUCCAGCUCCACCCUGGUCAACUAACACUGGUGCCGUUCAAGCGGCGAGGCCCUGCUGACGGCGAGGUGACAUCCUGGGUGCCAUCGUCCAUCACCAUUCACCUGUCAGAUGGCGACACCAGUGUGCAGAAACCUCACAGCUCCGACACUUUCACUCUGAUCACCCACAAAAAUGAGUACCAGUUCAGGGUGCCGGCACCUGAUCAAACAGUGUCCCCUGGCACUGUCCAGAGCGAGCGGGAUGCUUGGGUCCAAGCCAUUCACAGACUGUGUUCGGACUGGAAGAGGAAAUCCAGGAGCGAACACAUGUACAUGGAAAUAGAGACCUUCCGACAUCUCAGCAUACCCGAAGACGCAGAGGACAGCGAUGCGGAUCUCGAGUCAAGUGGCGGAUUCAGUGCUGGAAGUACCUUUUAUCCUCCAGUUGACUAUGGAAAUGCAGACCCCACAUCCAGAGGCGGAGAUCAGUUAUCAGCAGGCGAUGUGAGUCAAACUUGUCCCUCAGCUGAUUACACAAAGCCUGUUCCUAGACCUCGCCUCACGAAGAAGAAUAUUGGACGUGAUGUUUUGCCUCCCAUCCCAUCACCAACCUCUCCCCGUGCACCUGCCCCAACAUCACCCACCUCCCCUCCACCCUCAUCCGGCCCUGCUGGCCUCACAUCUUCGUCCACAGUCCCAGAGUCUCAUGAAUCAGGCUCUUUGGUUGUUAAAGGGCCUUCACUCCCAAGCAUCCCACCUCCCCCACCUUUACCCAACAAGUUCAAGACAAAAUCAAGAAAAGCACGCACCAAGGCUUUCCACUGGGACCUUGUUGGCUCAGAGAAGAUUGCAAAAUCAUUUUGGAUACAGGAAAACGCCGGGAGGAUUGAAGUCGACACAUCACGCUUAUACGAGCAAUUUGCUGUUAAAGAUCUGGGGACGUUUGAAGCAGCUGAGCCGAGUAAUACCCAGCAUAUUAUGCUCAACCAGAAGAUUGCGCACAACUUUAACAUUUUCCUCAAAAGUUUUCCGGUGCAACCAGGAGAGCUGAAGGACAAACUGUUUGUCAUUAAUGAGGAAGAUGGAGGCCUGUCUGAUGAGCACAUCACCUCUCUGAGGAGGUACGUCCCCACUGUGGAUGAUGUGGAAAUGUACAAAUCUCACAAGGGACCUGUGACGGAACUGCAUAUUGUGGAUCAGUACAUGAUGGAGAUGUGCAACAUCCCCUGCCUGAGCACACAACUCGACCUGCUGUUGACUCUGAGAGAGCUUCCGACCAGCAUGAAAGACCUGCAGCCCCUGAUUAAUCAGAAGAUCAGAAUGUGCACGCAGCUGUACAACUCCAGGUCAUUUGUUUCCGUGCUGAAGUACAUCCUCACCAUUGGCAAUUACCUCAACGAGAACGCCGGAAAGGAAAAGGCCAAGGGAUUCCGCCUCUCCUCCUUAACUAAACUCUCCCGGCUCCGCGGCAGAGACACGAAGUUCACCUUGCUUCAUGCCCUUGUGGAGCAGAUCAUGUUGCAUGAACCGUGCUUGGCCUCUUUUACCCAAGAGUUGGCAGAAUUUGAAACUGUCCCUGGAGCUUCCAUCAAAGGCCUGACCGCAGAGGUAGAUGUCCUGAAGAACGAACUGCAAAAAGUCAUUCAGUAUCGAAAAACAUCCAAGAAGAGAAAUGCUGGAGCUCAUCACCCAAACUUCUCCAAAGACCUGAAGAUCGCUAUUGAGAAAUACAACGCAGAUCUCUCGGCACUGACAAAGACAUGCGAGGAGAUGAAGAAACUCUACUCUGUCAUACUGGUUAAAUUUGGAGAACCGGUGGACCUAGACUCUCAGGAGCUCUUUGGGCUGAUCUGUCAGUUCGUCCAUGACUUCAAGGGGGCUCAUGCUGAAACUAUAUGAUACUGGACAGAAUACAUAUUAGCAGCCACUGACACUGCAGUUUUAAGAUGCCUAUUAAAGUUAAGAAAGAUUUUUUUUUUUUUAUCCACAAUUCAAAAAGAUUAAGCGACAAAAAAUAUACUGUUGGAUAUAACUUAUAUAGCAGGAAUUAAAGAUGAUGGAGUAAUAAGGUUAUUUGUUUUUGUUUUUUUUUUAGUUUUUCUCUCCUAUGUUGUUGUACAGAUAUUUUUAUUCUAGAAUGGGGAAAUAUUGUAUAGCGAUCAUGUGCCUUAAUGACAGGUUGACUAUGUCAGUGGAAAUCAGUCUUGUGAAAAUAAAACUGAUCGACGUCACGUGA